GCUUUAGCCAGUCAGUCUGCGACUGUCACCUGUGCAUGACGCACGCGCGCACGCAAGUGUUCCAAUUGGCAAAUUUGAAUUUUAUUACGUUAAAGAAACCGAUCGGCCAAUUGCGAUCGUUGAUGUUCUUAGGCGACUUUUACAUAUACAGUGUGUCCCGUUAGUGUUGUGUCUGUGACAUUGAAAUAAAAACUGUUUAAUACAGUUGAUUGUGUUUUUUUACAUUUCAUUUUAGAAGGUCGGAUGUACUCAUUAAAUAACUGGUAAAUAAAUAUCGUAGAGCGAAACAGGCCAGCCGUGCAUGCUCGGCAGUGAUUAGUGACCCACUGGAAGCAACCGGAACCAUUAUGCCAUAUACAUCAACAACAAUCUGAAACGAUAGACCUGACUCGAAUUGCAAUUCAAAGAACCGUUAGUUAAUUAUGCUUAUUUAUUAACUCGCGACAUGAUGGAGGAGGUGACUACACGCCCCAAUUUGGAGUACAUCUCCCCUCUUCCCCCUAAAGUGAAACAAAUUACCGGAUCGACUACUUUUACGCAGAUAACCGGAGAUGAUACUAGCCUUCGAGUGAACGGAUUCGCCGAUAGUCGUUCAGACAUGGACUCUCUAAGUUCGAUGCACUCUCUUGUCCUUAAUUCUAAGACACCAACAACAACGGUAUAUUUAGCGGCGAUCCAGCCAGAGCGACCCGCGAUCGCUCCUAGUGCAGACGCACUCACCAACGGUCCACACGUGGUCACUAUCAGAAUAAACACGGAUGCUGAUAAGCCGAAGGCGCCGAAAAUAUCAAGCGUCCAUCUCAAAAGUGAUGUCGACUUUGAUACUUAUAAAAUCAAUGACAACAGCAAGAAGAACAACAGCUUAGUCAGACUCAACGUCGAGGAGAGUCGGCCGAAAAUUUUAGAUAAUGAGGAUAUGUUAAAGGUGGAUAAACCACCGUACAUCUAUUGUAAUUCGUACGUGAACACAAUGUCUAAUAUCGUAAUGUCGAGUGGCCAAUGCUCUCCAAGUGACACUCUAGAUUCGGGUACGUGCAGCGACCUUGACGGUACACCACCACCACUUCCAAAAAAGAAGACAUUAAAAUCUAACUCCGCAAAGAAAGUCUCCGUUACGGUAAUUAACCAGUCAAGAAAUCAAAGCGAGGUCGAUUUCGAAGAUAACGACUCAAACAUAUCGUGUGACUCGCUAAAUAGUAGCGAGUUAAAUGGAAGCGUGCACGCCGACGAAAGUCACAGCGACGACGCGAGUAAAAAAGAAAAGAAACAGUCUUCCGAGGCAGCGCCACAAGCGCUAGCCAAAGCGAACAAUAAAGACGGCAGCUUUCUACCACAAGGUCUUCUUCAAGACAUUAGAGAUCGUUCAGCGAAACUCAGCACGGUCGAAACUGAAAGUGAGUUGCAGACUGAGCGGAAUGAGGAAGUGAGUCAGAAUAUUAAUGAUAAUGCAAAUAUAUCAAAAGAAAGCGCUCAACUCACAUCGUUCCGUUUAGUUUCCCAGCUUAAUAGCGAAGUGAAGAAAAACAGUGCGGAAUUGCUACCGGUAACUGAAACCAAAACGCCCCUUAUUAGCAAGAGCACGUAUGAAGAAAGAAAGCAAUCGGAGAAAAUGAAAGACGAUUUAUGUUAUAGCAGCCACUACUUCGAUACGGACAAAUUUUAUGACUUCCACUUAAAUGAAAAACAAUUUGAUGAUAUGUCGGUGAAAAGUGUGAGUGAAAAUAAAAGUGUUUGUGAACAGCUAUCGGAAAUUGAAUAUUUUGCGGGAAUAAAAGAUUACAAAAGUGAGGAAGCACCAUCUACUAUAAAAAGUUCAAAGGGAACAAUUCGUGGUGUAAAAAACCGCGUUCGUGCAGGGAUUGCGACAUUUCUUCAGAUGCAAAGCACGACGAAGAGUUACAGAGAAAAAGACGCAGGCAAAGUUGUUUUAUACGCAACAACAAUGGGAAUAGUCCGCAGCACGUACCAGAGAUGUUUGCUAGUUAAGAAGAUACUACGGAACCUGCUCGUGAAGUAUGAAGAGAGGGACGUCUUCAUGAGCAUGGAGUACCAGGAUGAAAUCAGGGAUCGGAUGAAAAGUGACCAGAUUCUUGUUCCGCAACUGUUCAUCGAUGGUCAACACGUGGGGGACGCGGACACUGUUGAGAAACUGAACGAGUGCGGUGAAUUGAGGAAAAUGCUGAAACCGUAUAAGAGUCCAGACGCGUGCAACACUUGUCAAUUCUGCGGUGGUUUCCGUCUCCUACCAUGUCGGAUUUGCAAUGGUUCCAAGAAAAGCCUCCACAGGAACCAUUUCACAGCCGAAUUCGUCGCUCUCAAAUGCAUGAACUGCGAUGAAGUUGGCCUCGUCCGAUGCGAAGCCUGCUCCUGAUUAAAUAUUAAGUUUAAAAAAAAA